GUGUUAUGAAGGAAAUUGCUAGACGAAAGGAAUCAAGAAUGGUAUUAAGAAGAGCCCCUAAUUUGUAUAAGAUCUUGAGAAACGAUAAGGAUAAUAUCAGAGCGGAGGAGAGAGCAGGGGUGUAUAAGAUUCCUUAUGAAAACUUACAACUGGACGUUAAAAAAGAUUAUAUCGGCGUCACCACCAGAAGCUUGGGAGUAAGGCUCAAGGAACAUAGAUAUGCCAUAAGAAAAGCGUCUAAUUCAACGGUUUUGUCACAAAUGGCGCAAACACAAGGAUCUGAGGUGAAAUGGGACGAGGCAACAAUCAUCAAACCUCUGUCUUCCCCAACUCUAGCAAUGACGGCAGAAAAAAUAGAAAUAUACAGAAGUAAGAUAAGAGAAGGCUGUUUAAAUGCGAGGGAUUCUGAGAGCCUACCUUCGGCAUGGAAAUAUUUGGUUAAGAAAUUUACUACAAACUCUGACCAGAAUUAAUACAUUGAAGAUUUAUGUUAUUUUUGUUUUAUUGUUUUAUUUUAAUUUUUAAAUAUUCUUCCAUUAUUUUUUCUCUUGUAAAAUUUUUGAUUUAAAUUUUUAUGUUCUAUUCAUGGAACAUUUACGUUCCGUUUUAGUUUUCAACCUGAAGAUGCCCUAUUAAUUAGGCUGAAAACGUUUGUUGUUUAAAAAUUAUGUUUAUUUCUCGGCAAAAAAGGUGUUUUGUUUAUCUUUAUUUAGUUGCUGAGCGCUUUUGAUAUUGAACCUCAAUAUAUAUUAAAAUCCAUUUAUGAUCUAAUUCAGGAUAAAUUUAGUCAGCUAAAUAUUAAGAUUAAAUCAAUUAAAUCAGAAGUAAACAUAUUGAAAGA